AUGCCUGCUAAAAAAGCUGCUGCCGCUGCUGCUCCGGCCAAGGAAGCGAAGGAAAAGAAGCCUGCUGCCGCCCCCGCCCAUGCCUCAUACAAAGACAUGAUCAAGGAGGCCAUUCUGAACCUCAAGGAGCGCAAUGGAAGCAGUCGACAAGCGAUCAAGAAGUAUGUCAAGGCAAACAACAACGUCACGGUCACCUCCGAGACUCAAUUCGACUCCAUUUUCAACAAGGCACUGAAAACUGGUGUUGAGAAGGGUGACUUCCAACAGCCCAAGGGUCCCUCUGGUCCUGUCAAGCUGGCGAAGAAGGAAGCCAAGCCCGCUGAGAAGAAGACUGUGAAGAAGGAGAAGGCCCCCAAAGAGACCAAAGAGCCCAAAGAAACCAAAGAAGCAAAACCAAAGGCGCCCAAAACUAAGACUGUGGCUAAGCCCAAGUCAGCGACUACCAAAGCGAAGAAAGCGACCACCCCAAAGAAGGCCGCCGCCGCCGCUAAGCCCAAGGCCAACACCGCUACUAAGAGAGCACCCAAGACUAAGACCAAGACUGAAGCACCUGCCCCUGCUGUCACUGAAGCCCCCACUGUUCUGAAGAAGACCAAGUCAGGGCGCGUCACCAAGCAAAAGACCACUACAGGUGCGAAGAAGGUGACGCCCAAGAAGGCAGCGACAACAAAGAAAGCCACCGCCGCGAAGCCGGCAUCGGCAGGGGCUUGA